UUGCUAAAUAUGCUAAGCUCAUAAUACUCGUAUGCUAAAUUUGCACUCUCGCUAUUUUGACAAUCGUUCUGAAUCUCUGGAUAGCUGGCUCUCCAUACAAUAUUUUUAAUUCUUGUCUGCAUUUAUUCGCUGGAUUAGCAAUUAGAAUUUUCUUAUAAAAGACAACACGCGCUGCUAAAUCUUACUCUAUUAUUUCGUGCUCAUAGUUGUGAUAACAAUUAACGUGAAAUUGUACAUAAAUAGACCAAAACUUUAGGCGUACUAAGGAGUAACAAACGAAUAAAACUACAUACAUACAUACAUACGUGCAUACAUAUUUUGUUUUCAACAAUGAAGUUAAUAUUGAGCAUAAUGGUGCUUUAUGGAUUAAUAGCCAUCCAUCUCGCAGCGCCGCUUGACGAUUCUGCACACGCGCGCAUUCUGUUUUACGAUAAUGACAACAUUGGACUUGAUGGAUAUGAUUUUAGCUUUGAGACCAGUGAUGGUAUUAAACGCGAUGAAAGUGCGGAACUGGUGGACAAAGGCACUGGCGAAAAAAUAUGGAGAGUAGAGGGUUAUUACAGUUGGACAGCACCCGAUGGAAAACAGUACAGAGUGGAUUUCGUUGCCGAUGAGAACGGCUACAGGCCAACGGGUCCUCAUUUGCCAUAA